CCGCCAAAACAAAUCAUAAAGAAGAAGAAGAAGAAGCGACUCAUCAGUAGCAGCUUGCUAAACCAAACAAAAAAAAGAGUUAAAAGUGUCCAGACACGACCCGUGGAUGUUAGGCAAUGUGUUUUAAAUACACUUAUGUUUACACCUUAGUACCGUUAAUCGUUUUUUAAAAUUUCACAUCCAGUUAGGGACGAGGUUGUUUUUCUGCUGCUAAUGUUAUAGAUAGAUGGCUACGGCAGUUUCGACGGCAUCAGCAGCUGAAGCUAACUUAGUUAACUUUUCACCAACACGUUUUCCAGAAAUAAACAAACGGCUUGUAACAAUUUAUAUUAAGUUAAAGGAUUCAUUUUUUACUUCGGUGAGUAAAGAACCGUCGGUGUCCCCAUCUUUCGUCAAACCAGCUGGCUACUAUAAGUAUAUUUUUGUUGGUAUAUUGACCUAAGCUAGUUGACUAACAUUCCCGACAAUGAGCUCACUAAGUUACUCCCCCCUUGUUAAAGAAGAGGAGGUCUGCUGGACGGAGAAAGAGGGUAUGUUGGUGAACAGUGUCGUGAAAGAGGAAGAGGACGUUAUUACAGUGAAGGAGGAGGAUGAAGUUAUUACAGUGAAGGAGGAGGAUGAAGAAGAUGAUGCCGUUUUUGGAGUGGGGAAGGAGGAGGAGGAGGCUGCCACAGUGAAAGAGGAGGAAGAACCUUUUGGAGAGGCAGAGCAGGAUAUCUCAAAAGUCGUUUUGGGAGUGCAAGAGGAGGUGACUGAUGAUCUGAUUAACACCCGAGAGAGACCAGACUCUCACUCUGACAGCUGGAAGAGUCCUUCAGAGGAUCCAGAUCCAGAGACGUCCAAACCAGCAAGACGACACCACUACUGCCAUUGUGGAAAGAGUUUUUGGUGGUUAGGGCACUUUAGAGACCAUAAGAGAAUGCACAUAGGGGAGAAGCCUUACCAAUGCUCCCAGUGUGAAAAAAGUUUUAGCCACUUAUGGAGCCUGAAAUUACAUAAUAGAAUACACACAGGAGAGAAGCCUUUCCACUGCUCCCUGUGUGGAAACAGUUUUACCCACUUAAGGGCCCUGAAAAGACAUGAAAGGACACACACAGAAGAUAAGGCUCAUCACUGCUCCCAGUGCGGAAAGAGUUUUACCCUGUUAGGGAGCCUGAAAAGACACGAGAGAAUACACUCUGGAGAAAAGCCUCACCACUGCUCUCAGUGUGGAAAGAGUUUCAGCUGGUUAACAAGCCUGAAAAUACACGAGAGAACACAUACAGGGGAGAAGCCUUUCCACUGCUCUCAGUGUGGGAAAAGAUUUUCCCAGUUGGGGGAUCUAAAAGAACAUAAGAGAACGCACACUGGAGAAAAGCCUUACCACUGUUCCCAGUGUGGGAAGAGAUUCACCCGGUCAGGAAACCUGAAAAAUCAUGAGCUAAUACACUCUGUAUAUAAGCCUUAUCACUGCUCCCAGUGUGAAAAAACAUUUUUUUCAUCAAAUGCCCUGAAACAACAUGAGUUAACACAUGCUGAAGAGAAACCUUUCCACUGUUCCCAGUGUGGAAAGAGAUUUUUCUUAUCAGGGCACCUGAAAAGACAUGAGCUAAUACACUCUGUGGAGAAGCCUUUCCACUGUUCUUAUUGUGAAAAGAGUUUUAAGAGUUUAUGGAACAUGAAAGUGCAUCAAAAAACACACACAAAGGAGAAGCCUUCCACUGCUCCCACUGUGGGAUGAAAUGUACACGGUUUCAACAAUUCAAAGAGCAUGAAAGAAUCAACAGCUGAGAGAAGUUAUUAGUGGUCCCAGAGUGGGAAGGGAUCUAGAACAACACAUGGGAUUAGAGCCAUUUGUGAAAGAAAACCUAUUGAAGAUAGUUUGGUUUAUUUAUUGUGUAUAAAAAUGUUGUGAAAGGUAUUAUUCACGUGGAAUAUCCCUUUACCAUGUUCCUAGAAUGUUGUGAAAGGUAUUAUUCACGUGGAAUAUCCCUUUACCAUGUUCCUAGAAUGUUGUGAAAGGUAUUAUUCACGUGGAAUAUCCCUUUACCAUGUUCCUAGAAUGUUGUGAAAGGUAUUAUUCACGUGGAAUAUCCCUUUACCAUGUUCCUAGAAUGUUGUGAAAGGUAUUAUUCACGUGGAACUGUGUUAUUUAUCUCUGUCUAGUGUAGUAGUUACCUGCAGGAAUAUCCCUUUACCAUGUUCCUAGAAUCAUAGUUAAAGGGUUACAUCUAAGAUGACGGGACAUUUAUUUGAACAGUUGUUUUGGGGGGGGGGGAAAUCUGUACUUCACUUUUUAAACAAAACUUAUUUGACUACAUUCUUAAAGAAAAUAAUGAUUGAACAGUUUUUUUGGGGGGGUAUCUGUACUUUACUUUAAAAAAAAAAACUUAUUUGACUACAUUCCUAAAGAAAAUAAUGUACUUUUUUUACUCCGUACAUUUUCCCUGACACCCAAGAGUACUCAUUACAUUUUGAAUGAUUAACAGGACAGGAAAAUGGUCUAAUUCACACACUUAUCAAGAGAAUAUCCCUACUGCGUCUGAUCUGGUGGACUCGCUAAACACCAACGCUUCAUUCGUAACUGAGUCAGGGGCUCCAACCCUCAGACAUAUAUGUGAAUAAAAAA